GGUUUGCACCGUUGCUACGCUAUUUUAUGUAGACAUUCUCCAGGGUGAUGGAGAAGAUGUAGUUUAUUCGCCGUUAAAUUUCAAACCCUCGGCCGCUUUAAAACGUGAAUUGUGUGAACCCUUACAGCAAUAACCAUGGCGGGUAUGAGGAGAGUUAACGGGAAAUUCUCUGCAAUCAACCCAGCUGUCAGGUAAUGUCGAAUUGUGUUCGGAAGAUAACGCUCCACUGAAGCUGUCAAGCUAGCUUUGGCUAACGUUAGCGCGAGGGGGGACUCUGCCGUUAACGUCAACGGUCCGACGCAGUUAUCACCAAAUAACGUUUCUAACAGCGUUAAGUUACCUAUAAACUACAGGUUAUUAUUCGUUUAGCUUAUCGAUAUCGUGCAUUCUGAGAAAUUCUCGUUCGUUUGGUAUAACCACAAUAUGUUACAAUUAUAAUAAUAUAACGUACUAUAGUUAAAUGUGAUUAUUUCUAGAUAAAGUAAUCCUGUAAUUAUAUAACUUUAUACAUUGAGUCUCUGUCUAUCAUACUUAUUUAUGAGCCCAUAUAGUAGGGGAGAGUGGGGUAAGAUGAGACAUUUUUCACAUUUCAAUCACUACAUCAAGUCAAUCACAGUUUUGUCUCUAACUUAUUGUAAAUAAAUGUCUAACCCCUUCACCCGUGUGCUUCUAACCUUCACAGACUCCAUGAAUUGAUGCCCAUCUCCUAAAUAUUUGGUCACAUGAUCAAUUUCUUUCCCCACUCUACUCUCUACAGUUUUUCAAAAUACAAGAUCUACUUUUAUUGAAUUCACUCCUAACCAACAAACUUCAUCCUAAGUUUGACCUGGGGACAAACAAAAACAUCAUUUGUAUGUAUUCAUGUGUAUUUGUCUUUUAAAGCCCCUAUAAGUCUUGGAUAUUGACAUCUCUUCAUGACCUACAAAAGCAGACAGGGCCAUCAGCAACUAGACUUUGUAAUGAUCUGAUAUGUCUGUCACCCCUGCUGGGAUUGCGUGCCGGGCAGAAAGAUUUUCAGCAUGUUGUGGAAAUAAUAUGUCUGUGUUCAUUUUUAGUUGGAUGUUUGGCCUUUUAAAAGAAGAGAGAAUGCUGUUUUCUUUUCAUGAUAUUUUAACCAUGAUGUAAAUGUUGUGUUUUUCAGUUGCUGUCGUCUGCGUCAGGUCCAGUCUCUUCUCUGUGAGGGAAGCACCACCACUCCUGAUGGCAUCCUGUGCUCUCUCGGUAUGUUAAGAGGCAAAGUUUUGCUCUACUUAACAUGUAUCUCUUCAUCUGAUCUGACAAACCAAACCAAAAGGAAAACAGGUUCUGAAUAACAGUUUUUUCAUCUACUUUAGGUAUUGACAGCAGGUACAAUGAGGGGUGCACUGAGCUGGCAAAAUACCUGUUCUAUGAACUCUAUGGAAAAAAUCAGCUGAACCUGGAGCAUGCCUUUGAGGAAUUUCCUGAAGAAAUCCUAGAUGGUGAGUUUUUUUCUGGUGUUUUUCAUUCUCUUUGGAGCAAUGCCUUUUUCUCACACAUUACCUGUCUGCUCUCCAGAUGUAAUCCUGCUGAUCAAAGCAGAGUGCGUCCAUCUGUACUGCAACCCAGUGAACUACAAUCACCUGUUGCCCUACGUGUCCCACUGGAGGAACCUGCAUCUCUACUGCAUGACAGAGGCAGAGGUAGGACAGCUGUCUUCUUCCUCAAGACUAUCACCGAUGAUCAGAGUUCCUGUUUCCUGGACAUGGAGAAAAUAACUAUUUGAGUAUUCGGAUUGCUGUUGCAGUUGUAACUAUUGCAGUUUACUACAAAUUUUUACCUGUCCUAUUAGACAAGCCACUUAGAGAAGUUUACCUUGUCAAGUUAAAUAGAUAGUGGGGAAAAAACGGCACCUCUUUUAGUUCUGCUAAAAAGAUCCAAAACUCAGGCUGCUAGAGGUAUUUUUUGUUGUUGAUAUACUGGUUGUAAAUGUUUAAAUUGCCAUCUCUUUUCUUAAUCUCUGUCCACACAGUAUGAAGAUGAGGAAGCGGCGGAGGAGUUCAAAAUCUCCAGCUUUGUCACGAUGGUGCAGGACUGUUAUCAUAUCGGAGUACCUUACAGCUCCCAGGGUACAUAUCACCACAUCAUAAUCCUCACAAUCAGCUACACUUGUAUUAUGAAGUUGGUUAAACAUUAGGACAUUAUAUCUCAUCAUCCAGUACACAAUGUAGUCUCAGCAGCUUGUCAUCCACGGUAAACACAUUCUGUAUAAUUACACCAACAACAGAGGUAAUUAACCCAGCUUUACUGUUUCCUUUAGGACAUAUCCAGAGUUUUGAUAUGUUCAUGGUGGAAAAGUGGCCCCUCCUUCAAGCGUUUGCUCUGGAUGGCAUCGGUGGAGGAAGUUUUUUUACCUUAAAGUACAAGGUAUCUGCAGAAAUAAAGAUGUGCUUUGUUAAGCCCUAAAUUUGUUUGAUGAAUACGUACUUUUCUUGUUGUUCUGCAUGUAUGAUUAAAGCUUGCUGUGUGUAUUCUUGCUCUCCAGCUGAUGGACAUGAGUGAGAAACUGUGGCAGGUUUACAACAGACUCGACCCUGUGUCCUUGGAUCAUGUCCUCACAGAGGUAAUGAGAAGCUUGUUUUUCCAUCGUAUCACCACAAAGCCAAUAAAGAAAACAUGUUCUUGUCUACAAAAGGUGCAAGUAAUUUUGGUGUCGUCUGUUGUAUGUUAGGAUUUGGUGAACUUUGAAAAGCAGUGGAGCUGCUUCUUCUCCAGCAUGGACCUGGAGAGCCAUCUUUCCAUCUUGGAGCUGUCUGAAGCACAGGCGGGAGAGGUAUAUGUCACAAAUUAUCCCACAUUUGUGAUUGGGUAUCAAACCUAGUGGAAUUAACUGCAGAGUCCUGCCUAAGUGAGUAACGUUUGUUCUCAUCGAUCCACAGGCAUUCCGCAUUUAUUACUCCCAUGGACUGAUCUCAAGCAACAUCACAGAUAAAAGGUAUUCAGCAUAAAUGUAAAACUGUGUGUGCAUUUUAUAGUUUAAAGACAGAAAACAUGUUUCUGCAUAAUCCAAUGUGUCUGAAUUUCAGCAAAAGUCAGCAACCAUUCGUGUUGUUUGGGAAGCACUCCUCGCUUGAAGAUCUGGAGAGUUAUUCGUUCAACUUUCCCUCGGAGAGUCAUCAGGUCCGGAGCACAGGAACAGGAGGCUCCACAGCCAAACACAUGGUGAGAAGAUGAGAGGCUGACACCAGACGCAGUGAACUUAUCAAAUAACUGCCUCUGACAACAUCUUUAUGCAUGUCAAUCAAUAUUUUCUGAUGAUUUCUUAUUCUGAUGGCUGAAUAUAAAAUAAUACAUGUUGCUCAAAUAAAGAAAGCAUACAGGUCUGCAGCGCCAUCUAGUGAGAAUGUCUGGUAACAUCAGUUUUUUGCGGUAUCUCCUGAAGAUAUUAGUUUAAUGUAAUGUUGCAGAACUUUAGAGGAUGGUUCACACCACGGUUGUGUCUUUCAAAAACUAUUCUGUUUUUAUUUUUGUCUGUUAGAUUCUGCAGUGUGUGGCUCCUAAAGGACCUCUUGCUUGCUCUCGAACCUAUUUCUUUGGGUCAACCCACACUCCGUACCUUGGUGAGGUUUUUCAACAUUUAACACUGUUGUACUUGGGAAUGGCUUGUCUGUUAUUUGGGCUCUGUGUUGGUAAUAAAGUUUAAUAAAUUGGAUUCAGUCAGCCUAACAUUUUGGGUAAAUAUAGCUCACAAACACAGUGAUUAGAGUCUCUGUCAGGGGUGGUGUUAAAUGUGAAACGAAAAGCUUUUAUCAGCUUAUAAAUGAACUUUUUCUCUCGCUGUGUUUCACUGACAGAAAAUCAAAACCCACAGCAAAAGAAAACAGAAGUCCUGUAAGUACUGACUCUGUUGAACUCUUUUCAUUGAGCACCAUUGGUUGUCUGGUUUUCAUUGCUGAUCAGUCUUUAUUUUUGUAUUUCAGACUUCUGUCACAGAUUUAUUCAGCUGCUGUUCAAGCCGUCCUAUCAGGAAUCAAAUGCUACUCUUGCACAUCUAGUGCUACUAAGGUGAGAAAGACGGAGCCCCAAGCACAAACAUUUCUUUAUGUCGUGUAGAGAAUACAGUCGUUCAUGAAGAACUGUGUGUCAUUUAGGCCAAAGAUGUCGCAGAGAACACCUUUUUCAUGGGUCUGGACUCGGCGAACUUGAGUCAGUACCGCAGUCCUCUCAGGUAGAGUCUGAUUCUUUCACCUGCAUGAAUCUUUAAGCAAACACAUGAAGCAUAAUGAUAUUUAAAUGGGUUUUUAAUCGUGUGCUUUCUUCUUUUAGAUCCAAAUGUGAAUUCAAGAUUCAAGCAGUGAACAGACAAGGACGGUGGGUGCAUGAUGUUGAUUUAAAUUACGCUGAAAUGAUGAAAUCCAUCCAUGAACUUCUGUUUAAGAACCUUCUGUUGAAUUUCCAGGAUCAUUCCACUGACUGAUGAGGAGAGCCGUUACGUCGUAAAAACAGUAAGUGAGAUAUAAAUUCACGUUUUGUUAUGAAAUGACUUGUGUUCACGAUUUUUCUUUUUACUUUGACUAAUUUUGUCUUUUUUGAUUUUAAAUAAGGCCUCUAUGAUCGUUCAUGACAUCCCAGACCUGCAGUGGAACAGAGGGGACCUCGGCUCUGUCGUCUUCUCUGAGUCCUUCUUGGAGUCCAGCAUCAACAUUCAGCAGAAAGGUACUUUGACGGUUAAUUCAGUGGUUUGUUAUAAUGAUAAUAAGCUCGGUCAAUUCCUCAGUCUGAGUCAGUUUUAUGACAACAGAGCACUGGAGCAUAAUGUUUGAACUGAGGAUCAUAUCUGUAAUUCACCUUCUGUGGUUGUCAAUCUUUGUUGUUUAAACAAAUCUGCUUCCGUCCUGCAGAUGGCACUGUGUCCUCAGACAGCUGCUACACCAUCCUGACCACAACCGUGCCUCGCUAUGCCUGCUGGCUGGUAUGUUUGCUGCUCCAAAUCAAUUUCACAUUCAUAUAAUAUAUGGACUGUGUGGAUUACAGUCCAGACUCACAAUCACACUUCUAUAUCUACAGUUUGCGUGUUGUUUGAGUUGUGUUGUUUAUUAUCAUGUUCCUUCGUAGAUGGAAUCUGAUGUCAAGCAAUCUGAGCAAGCCCAACAUCUCAUUAAGGUAAGUUGAGAAACUUCGUGUAUCCACAGCAGGAUCUGAAUGCAUGCUUAAGUCCAAGUGAGUACUAACAUGUAACCUCAUCAUUCACUCACUCAUACGUCUCUGACAGAAAGAGGAAGGCACUUGUUUGGGAACGGCUCUGACCGCUGCAGAUGCUGCGUAUGUGUUCUCCAGCAGCCAGCUCUCCACGCCGGAAGAAGGUGGAAUUUCAUGUAGCUCAUAUUUAUACGUAGACAGUGUUUUUCUGUAACCUUUUCUCUCAGGUAUCAUGAAUCUUGAAUUCACUUCUAAGGUCAAACACAUUUUCUUCAAAUAUCAAUCCUAGGGAAAAUCAUUUUCUUCUCGGAGGGACUCCUGUUUGUCCAUUCUCAGUUUGGAAGCAUUACCCUGCCCAAAGAUCAGAUCAGCAACAUCAAGUUCUAUGAUCCGGUAAUAUUUUAAGUCCUUCCAUGAUGAUAUGAUUUGCAAAAGUUUAUAAUAGAUCAGGAUAAAUCAUGGCUUUCUCACCUCAGAUCUAGUUAAUUGUUAUUUACUGUAAAACCGAAUGACUCAUUCAAAGUAAUGAGUUUAUAAUAUAGAAUACGGACCCCUACAAACAUCUUUCUGUGUGGUGUUCUUCUCAGGACCUCGGCGGUGUGGCGACUUUGUUCGUGGAGUAUGAGAGCAGCCUGCUCCCCCACCUUCCCUUCCCCCUCCACAGCUCUGACCAGUGUCUGGUCUUUGCUCUUCAGCCCAGGUCCAAGAGCUACAGGGCCUUUUAUUCAAAGGUGAGGCGGAUUCACAAUCUAACGCUUCAUGUGCUUUUGUGUGAAUGAUCCAUGACCUCCAAACACAACUUUUUAUCUACUUCUUCCCCAUUCUUACUUUACUUUUUAUAAAUUGUCUGUUUUGCAAGGAUGAUGCAGCUGAAUUUAUUAUAAAAAAGUGAGCUAAAACUGGAUGUUAUUCAGAAAUGAGAAAGUUCAGAAAGUUUUUCAUCAUGUCAACUUUAACUUUUGUGCUUCUUUUUAUUUUAGGUUUUAUCAGUUUGGAAAAAGUCGGACUCUGGACUUCGACUUCAAAUGAUGGACAAACAGGAUCUGACCUGGAGCCAAAAAAACAUGUAAGAAGACCGAAUCCUCUUUUUAACUUCUUAUCACAUAUCAGUCUUACUUUAAAAAAUGUCGUUUCAUCUGUUAAAGGUACAGUGUGUGGUAUUUACCGUCGUUUAUCGGAUCAGACUCAGUGAAAAUGGAAUAUAAGAUUCAUGAAUAUGUUGAAAUCAGUGUAAAAUCCCUUGAAUAAAUAGAUACUUUUGAUUAUUUAGAAGAUACUCCUCCAUGUGCAUUUUUUUUAUUCAGUGAGUUGUUGCAUGAAGAGACGAAAUCAGUAGUUUCGCCCGCAAGAAUUUUGCUCAUUUUUGACAGUAAAAGGAGAAUCAUACAUCACAGCAGCUUCUUCUUCUCACAGCUGCCAUUUCUUCGACUGUACCUUUAAACAAACAAGUCUUUUGUCACACGAGUUUGUACUUUUAGGCGAACGCUGUUGUUUUAACGACUGUUUUUAUUUCAGGCACACUCGACUUCAGAAGCUGCACGACAGUCAGGAGCCGCCGGUGGCUAAACGCAGAGGCAGCCUGAAGACCUCAUACUCCCAACUCCCAGAGCAGGACAUGUUAGUACUCUCCUAAAUCACUCAGUAGAUUGCUUAACAGUUGGGCAGAACAAGUCAUAGAACUUGAUAGUAUUGCUUAAUCAUGAGUAUGUCUUCCCAGAAUAGCACUGAAGCCUGUGUUUCUUGGUACAGUGUACUAACAUUGGUGACCGUCCAGACGACAGAAGUUCUUCCCGCUGAGAGACUCGACAUAAUCACCUCCGUUUUACGGCCAAAAUAAACAACCAUAGUGUAUUUUCUGUCCUCUCUGUCGCGCUCAAACAAUGAAAACCACACGCAGGGAUACACAUUGUCUUCUGGCAGCUUGGUCUUCCAAAAUCUGCCCUAAAUCUGUCACCUAAUAUAAUUAGACAUCCAACUGUUUGAAGCAUUUGCUCCUAAAAUAAACAUGCCAUCGACUCACCACCUCAUAUUUGAGAGCACAAAUCUAUCGGGGAUUAAAAAACGGCUUUGUUCACUUCGAAACCAUCAAGAACAAAAGCAAAUACUGAGAAUUUUAGACCUCGUCUGUAAAUGUGCAAAAACAUCACUACCUUUUAUCGACUGCCCAACAGAUAUUUAGCCUUUUCCUGUAAACUCGUGGUGCUGGUCAGUUGUGUGGACACAUUUUUGAUUUGUUACCGCUGUAUUUUUCUCCACAUCAGGUUUCUUCAGCACUUUGCCUUGAGCAGCAUUGGUCAGGAGCCCAUCCUGUAUGACCACCUGGGGGUGCUCUUUCCCUCUGCAGAGCUGAGGAAUGCCGUCCAAAGUCAGGGAGACAAGGUGAACACCUGCAGAGGAAUCUCCUCACUCUGCAUUUCCAUUUUCAUCACAGCAUCCUCUCUUUCCAGUCUUCCUACAUUGAGCGGUUGUCAUUAAAAUAAAGGUGAGAUUUUUGUUUCAUUCAAAGGUCGUCGUUACCAUCAUUACCGGACUGCCGGGAAGCCACAAGAAGAGACUUUGUGACUUCCUGAUCCAGCUGAACAAAGACCGUGGAAGGUAAGAGUGAUGUUAUCGAGCCAGGCUUCUCCCUUUAGUAUGCCGUUGUUAUUUUACAGCAACGGUGAUUGAAACGUCAACACAAGCAAACAUCUCAUAUCUCCCAUCACUUCAUCCUUAGGUGGGUGGUGUAUGAGCCCAGCCCUGACAGCUCUGACAGCUUCUCAGCCGCACACCUGCAGCAGUUUUUGUCUGGCUUCCUGGAGAGCCAGAGAGGCCCGGGAGGCAAACCCCGUCUGCUGGUGCUCUCACCUGGGUAAGAAAGCCUGCUGAUAAAAAUCGAAAGACGGGAGCUGAGAGGUCAAGACCGCAAAUUCAUCUGCAUUAAAAAUGAGGAUGUUUGAGGUUAAACGUUUAUUCUUAAAUAUCAAAGAAACUGAUCCAAGCACCUGAACUAUUGCAGUAAACGGAGCAGAUUCAGAGCAGGUCUGUCGUGUUUUAGUAAAUAAAUACAUGAGAUUUAAUGUUGCACAGUUUGUCCCUGGACAUGUCCUGGCUUCUCUAAACAGCUCGUUUUAGGACUGAUCAAUUUGUCCUGAACUUGACAUCAGGCCCUGCCUUCAUUCUGAGACGAUGUUGAAAGAAAAGUCCGCCCAGCAGCUCUGUCAAGGACGCACUCACGCAGGAGAAAGAAACUCAGAGUCUCACCUCUUGGCUUUUUCCUCCACCUUACACUUAUUCAGUUCAGUUUGGCUGUUUCCUCUUCUCAAAGACAAAGGCACCAGGAAUCACUGAGAGGGUUUGAUGUUGUCAGGGCAACAGUCACGACCUAGCUUUUCCACCUAUGACCCCUUUGUGAAAAAUAGGCCACUAAAACCUUGACCAAAGGUGCAACUUUGGGGUCGUUUCAUCGCUACAAAGCUGUGUGAAAAGUAGAACCAUCAAGUUUAUAUCAGUGGAGAAUCAGACAGAACAAAGUAACUGAGGCAGCAGCUGAUCAGAUAAAUCAGAGUUUUCUCGAGCCGCUGUCAUGGUACCCCUGACUGAUAGAUAUGUCAUAAAAGAUGAAAAUGAGUAUAACCAUUCUGUCUUUAUUAAAAUGCAACCUCUGGUAUUAAAAGAUAAACUGAUUUUAUUGUAUGUUCACUUGUUUCAAAAGAUACACAGAUGCCCUGGAUGUGGUCCAGGCGGUGCUGUUCCACCCUGACCCUGUCGUCCAGGCCUGCUUCACCAUCGGUGCCGUCACUGCCUGUGUGAACCCCCUGGCCUCCUGCAUGGAGCACAGGUAAAAUCUAUCUCCAAGCAUCAGGUUGUCCCCCCAACAUUCAGAUAACACCGUUUAGAAACAUUAUAUUUCAUUUCUCCUGACUGUUCUGCCAAACGCCACCUGAUUCUACGGACUGUACCUUUAGCUGAACAAAAACGCAGCACUGACAGAAAAUGAAAUUGAAGUUGAAGCUAUAUUUUACCGUCUCUAUUUCCAAGGAACAUUCGAGGUGAGCGGACGAUGACAGACAGGACUGGAUGUUAAUAAACGGUCGGAGCUCUAGAGGUUUCCAGGAAGAGGUUACAUGAGACUUUUAGCUAUUAAAUCCGAGGCAGGGGUCCCUUUUACAGAUCGGAUCAGUCCUACAUUUAAUCUCACUCUCCUUUUGUUACAGGCUUUAGACGUAGCUUACAGAGCUUCUCACUGUCUUAGAUUGACUGAGCUGCUCCACAAUAUGACAUACCACUCCUGUUAAUAGGCUGUUUUCCACUGCACAGUGAGAGUCGCAUACAGAUGAGCUCAGUCCAGAGGGUCCGGUCGUUCAAACAGGUUUUGCGUCGAGUUGAGGUAAUGAUUUGAUGCUCAACGGUAGAUUAGAGCAUGUCUCCUGAAAAACUUACCUAAGCUUUGAUAAUUAAUCUACUCUUAACAAGCUUCACUCAGCAACGGAAAAAUGGAGGUUUACUUGGAAAUGGAGUUAGCACUAACUUUUCCAUUUCUGGCAUCUUCAACAAGCCUCCUACCAUUGUCUGUUGCCAUAGAUUGUGUGGAGGUCUGCGGACCCCCACUAUGGCGUUAAUUGGGGACGGUUAGCCCAGCUUAGGCCUGACCUGCCCGUCAACCCCCCUCAGCAUAGCCCUCUAAUCCCCCAGGUCCACAUGUGCGAGCAGCACACCCCUCCGCAGCGAAGCUCAUCAGUCAGUCAUGAUCCAUUCUUUGUGAUGAAUUUAGACAGUUCAUUACAUCAGGACAGGAAAGAUAAAUGCCUUUCAAAUCACUGAUCCCCCACACUCCCCACCCGGCCUGCAGGCUCCCUCGGAGAGCUGCAGAGGUGGGUCUGGUCUGGGGUGGCUGGAGGAGGAAUUGGCUCCGAAUAGUUAUUCCGAUAGUGGUGUAUAACAAUGAUUGAUUGGAAAAAGCGGGGAUAAAUUGUGUUGGGAUUAAAUAAGAUUACAGGAAGCUUUUAUAUUGGCCAGUUUUCAGUCAAAGCCAUGAUGUCAUCUUAGGAGAAAUGCUCCCUGAUUGAUCAACAGCAUGUUAGCCAAGAGCAACACGGAAUAAUCCUGUUUGUAGCUGCACUCUGCAUGCACCCGUUACCAGUCAAAUGCAUCAUUUUAGAAUUACUGAAAACUGGUAUUGUCAAUGCAGAGGUGACAAACUUUCAGUUUAAUUUUACUCUCUGCGAGCCUCCACCCUGUACUUAACCACACUGUGGAUUUAUAGUGAGUUUGUUUUUUCUCUCUCACUCCAGGUUCACUUUUCCUAAACUGUUGGAGCAGUGCAGCCAAGGUGAGUCGCAUCAUACAGUCAGGUUGAACUUUGUUGGUAGGAAACUGAAGAUGCAACUUACCAAUUAGGGCUGGGCGAUAAAAUGAUAAUGAUAUAUAUAGAAAAUUAAUUUCCCUCAAUAUCAAUAUAAAACAUGGUCAAUAUGCUUUUCGAUAGUCGGCAUUCUGCCAUGUUUUGGUAGACUAUAUGAAUAGCCAAUGAAAAGGGGAGUUUCUCCUGGUCCGCUUCGCACUGAACCAAUCAUGUGUUGAAUGAGAACCAAGUAGCAAACAACUGCAUAGUAGCAGGCAGCAGCUACACACAACCAUAACACUUAAACACAUGAAGCAGACAGCACUGUUGGUGAGAAAAAAAGAAAAUGAGUGCUACCCCCGACAGAAAUGCAGAUAAGGGCUUAACAGAUGACGACAUCAUCGACAACACUGGCAUGAAAACAUCGAUGGUGUGGAGGUAUUUUGGUUUUUUGAGGUCAGACAUGAAGCAGAGUAAUGUGCACUGCAAAUUAUGUCGAGUACAUGUUUUCGCAAAGUCGGGGAAUACCUCAAAUCUUUUUCACCACCUGAAGCAGUGCCACGCGGCAGAGCACGCUUAAUGCAGAAGGUUACAAACAUCGAGCGGAGCAAGGAGCCCACGGCGCCUGUGCUGCCGAAACAGCGGACCAUUCAGUCCGCUUUCUCUAACACAACGCCCGACAACAAAAUGUUGUAUGAGACACAAACACCUCACAGAUGCAGUAGAUUAUUGUAUUGCAAAAGACAUGCUACCAAUAAGCACUGUUAAAUUUCCUUUUUUAUAUUGUGAUAUUUAACGAUAUCGACUGAUAUGAAAAAAAUAUAUCGUGAUAAACUUUUUCCCAUAUUGCCCAGCCCUACUAUUAAUAUUAGCCCACUUUUCUUUUUAUGUUUUCCUGUAUAAGACCCACCACAUUGGUUGAUGUGCAUGCAGUAGUGCACGGUUAGAUUCAAAGCUAAAGAAUCAAUCCAGAGAGAUGUGAGGUUCAGCAUUGACAUCGGAGGAGGAGGUUGAAGCUCAAAAUUGCUGCUGUAAAACUGACAGUUUAAGACGAGAUGUAGUGUCAAGCUGGGAGGUUGUUCUGGAGGUCCAAGAGAUAAAAAACCUCCACCACAGAGAUGUACUGGUUGUUCAAAACAAUGAAUUGAGCCUCCCUCUCUGUUGUAGUUUUGGUCUUUUCCCUCUUUAGAUCACAUUUAUCUGUCUUUCUUGAGUCCAGGGUUUGAUGGUUUUGUGCAGCAGCCAUCUUCCUGUUCCUUUUACAGAAAGUUUAGAUGUUGUAUCAAAUUAGUCUUACUGCAUGUGUUUCAGGUGGACUGGUUUCAAUUUAUAGUUCAAAAUUUUUUUAACAGUUAAUGUAAAUGACAGGAGUGGACUGACGGUUGUUCAACAAAAUGCCCUGAUCAGUUGAGACUGGGAUGAAACCGUCUCCAUCUAUUUGUUUAGACUAUUUGACAGACUAGAGAUCGAAGCAGCAGAAGGAGGUUUUAGUCAAAGAAUCACUUACUUUGUUAUUUUUGAGGAAACAAGAAAAUCAACAGCAGCGGAAAUUCCAGUAAAUUGGACCUCAUGUAAAGAGUGUUUUUUUUUUUUCUGCAGAAGCUUCACAAACCCUUUUUUUUCAUCUUCACCAAAAUAAACCAUCUCUCCCUGAAAACCCCUCUUCUCUCUCCGGGCUUCAUGUUAUGUCAGGUAUUGUGAGUACAGUGGUGUUCACCGGGCUGACAGCAGAGCAGAAGCACCCUCUCAUGCAGCAUGUUCAGCGGCUGGUACGCUCUGCCAACCCCACCGCAGCCUUCAUACUGGCAGAGAGAGGAGCUGUCACCAGGUAGGCGCUCACAGAAUCGUGAUCAAUGCUGCAAACGCUGAUUUCUCCGCUUGUAUUCCUCCUGAAAAUGUUGCUCGUUCUGACUUUAUUGGGUCGGAUUUACGCUCAGCUCGCAGUGUUAUGUUGAAGGAAUGUUUCCCACGGUGUUGCCUGUUUGAAUAUUGCCGUUUCAGCAAAUAAAAGUCCAUUAUGGAUGAAUUUUAUUUUCAUUGGUUGUGAUGUUUCCUUGCAGACAUUGAUUCUUGUUCUCGUCCAAGUGUUGUGCAUCCAUUCACCAUGAGAUGUUGUUGUUGUUGUUGUUGCGUCAGGAAUGAAGAUGUGAACCUGAUCCUGUCUGAAAGCAGCUUCAGUGAGCCGCAGAUGCUGAGGGCACGUUAUGUCCUCUACCCCGGAUGGUAAGAACCUCCUUCCACUUUACUGUCUGUGGCCCCCGUGCAUCCCCCUGUGUCCACCGUCAGCCCUUUGGCCUCUGAGCGACAGAUUGGCGUUGAUUCCUUUCUUGCUGAUCCUCAGCUCUGCCUCGCCUCCAUCCCUGCUGUUUAAUUGCCACUCGGCUGCAGCGGUGGGGGUAUCACUGCUGAUUGCUGUAAAGCCCCUCAGGGCAUCUUGUGUUCUAUCACCAGCUGCCUCCUGGCAGCACAGUAACAAGCUGUUGGCCAUGCAGUUGCCAUGUACACAGAGGGGGUCUCCUUCCCUUUGGACCCGGUCCAGUCAGCCUUCAUGCCACAGUGGUCAGCCUAAUAUGAACCUCUGCUAAAUCCUCCUGUCAGAUCAUACACUCAAUAUCUGUCCGAAGUCUGGCUCUUUUCAUUUACUCAUCGGCGAGUGGUAUUUUCUGUCUGCUUGUGUGGGUGUGAAAGAGAUGCGUCUUGCACAUACUUAGCUCUCUGACCGAGACAAGAAUCUUUUUUAUCUGCUGAUGAGAGUAUUUAGGUGUACAGACAUUCAUCAUCCACUUCCACAGCCCUCCCAGCGAAUCACCCUCACUGGCCUCUUUCCUGCGGGCAGCUGGUAGAGAAAACAGCUUUCCAGCCAGAGACAAAUGUAACACAAACAUUUGGCUUGUUCUUAACUUAACUUUCUCACCAUUUGUGUCAUGUGCAUGUGCUCUGUAUUUCAGGUGCAAAGGGCGCUUCUUCUCCGGUUCUGGGUCUCUGGUCCUUACCCAGCAGCACAUAGCUUUCAAGCGGCCCCUAGAGAGGCCUCUGUUUGUCACCCGCUGUAAAGGUGAGAUGGAAAGAAAUUCUCCCCCCUUAUUUUGACUCUUACACGUGACAGAAGCUCCAGAUAUGAGCUGGCAGGGUUUGUCGUUGAUUACAUAAGCUGCUGGUCCCUCCAAAUAUGGAGACAGCCGAGGUCUCUAAGUGUUUGUUCGCCUCUGCUGUGCAAUCAUCUGUAUUCGCAAAGCACACACUCAUGAAAUCCUGCGAAGAAGUUUGCUUUAAAGGAAAAUUUACCAUCAUAAAAUCACCAUAAAAACUGCCAUUAUUCUUCUAUUUUCUGUGUAGCGUUAAAGUCAUCUCUGCGGACGAGCCCCUUCAGAGGAAACCUCUACAAUGUUUGGGGGAAAGUCCGAUUUUCCGGUAGGAAUUUCACACGAACAUUGAACUUUUGAUGCAUGCUAACCCUCUGAUAUUUCAGGUUGCACCUUUCUCAUGUCAAGCAUUACUGCAAAAAAUAUGACAUGUUUGACCUGCGUUUGCAUCCCCCAGUUUUGGUAAUUAUUUAAGGAAACAUUUCCCUCAAAGCAGGCACGAAGAUCCUGACGGUAGGAAUAUUGCUCGGUUGUUGGUCUGGUGCUGGUGUUUAGAUUUCAGCUCAUAGUUCACGGGUUCGUUUCCUCCACGUGGUUUUCUCACUCUUUUUUCAUUUGAAGACCCGUGUGUUGUUUUUUUGCAUGAAGAGAGAGUGCAGAUGACUGUGAGGAGAUGUGCCGGGAUCGUAUCGGAACGAGUGUGAGGAUCGUUUUGUGUAAUCUCGAUCCUAAUCCUUCGAAGUGUGAAGUCUGAACUUGGGUCACUGUUCUUCUAUUGAGUUGUUUUCUUUAUUUGAAUUAAAGUAUUUCGAUGUUGACAUUUACUAUCUCGUUCAUUUUUACUGCACGUGAGUUCUGUGUACCAUUUCGGGAGCAGAGAGGUUGUACGGAUGCAGAAACAUUCACACCUCCUCACCAUCAACACCACCGUGCUCUUACCAUAUGAAGCAACUCCAGCAGGUGUUACUCAGGGUGUGACUUGGAUGUGUGCUCCUUCAUUUCUGGACCCCCCCCCCUUUAGACUCGGACCAGCUGAUGGAGGUGAGCUACAACACUGUGAGCGGGAGUCUGAGCAUUGUCCCAGAGCAGAAACCGGACUCUCUGACCCCGACCCCAGGGACCCCUGACACGUCCUCCUUUCUGAUCUUUGAUGGAGUCGGCCUCACCGAGGAGGGGCUGAAGGACUGGCUCAGACUGUGUGCUAAGCAGGUAGAUGUGAAUGACCUUGAAACACACAUUGAGAUUAAUUUAGUUGAUCUAAAUGAUUUUCACUGUUAAUCAAGAAACCAAAGUGUAACCUGGAGUCUUUGAUUGUUUGAUGUCAAAUACAGAAGCAGCCAAAGAAGCCGAAGAAGACAAAAAGUAACCUCUCAACACAAGAAAUCGAGACCAUCCAUGUGAGUGUGUUUUGGUUGAUUAUUUAUUAUGUACACAACAGGACAAAAGUUUGGAAGCAAGAUCAGAUUUGUACAAAAAAAGAUCAUAGUUUCAUAUAUAUAAUUUUCAACACAAUAAACAUGACUAUUGUGUAAAGAGUAACUUAUCAGAAGACAUUUUGACUGUAAUUAUUAGGUAUUUGAGUUUUUGUUGCUUAGACUUUGCUUUCUUUAAAGUAACCUCCUCUGGCUUUAACAACAGCUCGGCAUAUACCAGGCAUUCGUUCCACAAGUUUUUUAAGGUCUGUUCCAGGGAUUGCAUUCCAAGUUUUCUUAAGUUCAUUAAAAAGAGACUGCCGAUGAGUGGGACGCAUGGUGCUUGAGGAUGGAGUGGUACUUUCUAGCCAUUUUUGCGGUAGUUUGAACGCAUUUGAGAUUUAUUAGGAUUUUUGUCUGCAGACUCUCAAAAGCCAAAAAGUUGAAGUGAAUAAUUCAACUGUGAUUUGUUUAUUCGCUUUUGCACUGAAGUUUUGACUCUUGCAAAUGUUUUCAACCCUAAAAAUAAGCCCUUAUUAUCUUUUGCUGACAUAUAUUUAGCAAUGGUCUGUUAACAUCAAUGUAUAUCUAAAGGUAAAUGGAGUAAAAUGGUGCAUUUCCAUGAAAGCAACAUCUGAUCAUGGAGUAAAUACAUCCCAAAAUACAUAAAACUCAUGCUGGGUUUUAGAAAAAGUAUUGUGAACAAAAACUUGAAGUUACUCCCAACUGUUCGGCCUGAAAUGGCCUUGCUUCCAAACUUUUUGCCUGUAGUGUAUAUAUUAUUAUUAUUAUAAUUAUUAUUACAUAGUUAUGAGUGUUGUGACUUCUUUUCGUGCAGAAGGACAUCAAAGCUUCUCUGCAGACAUCUGUCGAUUGGGAGCUAUGUUUUUAUGAGCUCGCACCUGCUUAGUUUGUCCCCGUAUUGAAUUACAAGCAUGCAUGCAUUGCACAUAUACACUUCCCCGCUGAUGGUUUCAUACAUGGUGGCGUUAAGGGAUCUAGCAGACUGCCAAAAAAAGAUGUGAGAGAUGUAGAAGAACCCCUCUUUGGAUGUAAAUCUGCACGCUCCAGGAAAUCCCCCCUCAUAGAUAACAACAUUAUAGAUCAUUUAAUUAUUGUUUGUUUACGAAACAACUCUACCUGUACGGACCGUUGUCUACAACUGCUGCUGCUGCAAUGAGAACAUAAAGGGCAUGAGAUGUUUGAUGCUGCGAACAAGCCUCACGAGACAUCCCCCAGUGUUCUCUGUGCGCUCUGUUGAUUUUUGUUUUUAGAGGUAUUACUCAUCGUGUAAGAGAGCCUGCGCUGGGUCAGGAGCUCCUAUUGAUGUGAGCCGUUUUCAGUCAAUAAUCCCGAGUCAUCCCGAUAUUUUAUAUUUCUGUGCAGCUGACGAGGCACCUGGACAAACUACCAGCAGGCUACUUCUACAACGGAUACUACUAUGUUGACAUCUUUGGAGACAGAAGAAACUUCCAUCCAAGUAUCCUUUUUAAUCGUGUCGCCCUUAAUUCAAUCAAAUCCAGCCUAUAGAAAAAUACCUGUUGUGUGCAUGUGUGUGUGUGUUUUCCCUUACAUCGCUCUCCCUGCAGACAUGGAUGAGUUCAUCAAAGAGUACAUCACAGAGGCCAACAAAGAGAUCGAGCUAUCCAACCGUCAGCUGGAGCUGCAGGGACAGCCCGACCUGUUUGAUCCCUGAUAGAAUCUCUGCGUACGUCCAAAGCCUCAUUCUGUCUCAGUUCACUCGAAGGGGAUCACUGUGGGAGGGACAGGGGGGGAGGGGGGUUGUGUUCUGCUUAACAUGCAAAAAGUCUAUUUAUUUCUUAUGUACUAUGUCACUUUUUCUUCCUCAUUUCUUUGCAUAAAAAGUUUUUAUUUUAACAACGACAUCCCCCCGUCAUCAGGGGGUUACGUCACGGCGUGGCUCUUUGCCUCACUUCCCACUGCAACGCUAGUAACUGGGCAGUUUGCACUUCGACGAGUCGAGUGUCAUAUUUAUCAAACUAAAGUGGCGAAGUGACGGGGGUCACUCAUGUUAAUUCAAAUUAAAUAUGUCUGUGAGGAGAUGAAAGUUGUUCACAACACAUCACCAGUCUCCGCGGUCGGACCGGUGCGAUUACGCCACCGAGCCUGCGAGGUCGGAGACUCGCACAAUUGAAGGGAAUUUCCAUACGCGCUCCCCUACAGCCUGUGCGUUUCUGUUUAUCACAGUUGGCAAAUUAAUGCCUCUAUUUCUGGACAUGCAUGGAUAGCCGUGUGAUACUGGUGGGCUCCCUGGUGGGGUUUCUCAAGAAUCGCUCCUCCUCUGUUGUCAUCCAAUCCACGGCCCACCUGUUAUCUUGUCUGUGUGCCACGCUGCAGCAGAGGGAGCGCUUGGCCAUAGAGCUGUAAACAUUGGACAGGCUGUUGGCUGCAGUUAAGUGAUGAAUGAUAUUAUUAAUCACACGGCUAAAUGCCAUCUCAGUGCUUUAGCUCGAGACUCCUAAAGAAAGUGCAAUAAAAACAGAUUUCAGGCCCUGCAGCUAGAUGUCACGAUUGAGAACAGCUGGGGCUUGUCAAGAGAAACACAGUCAAUCACGGCGGUUCAAUGUCCUCUAGAAACUUUCCUCAAAGCUCUGUCAUCUGUUCACGCAACGCUGAGCAGUGAGGAAACCAGGUAGACUGGGGGUUAGUUUGUUGUGACACUCCUCAUAAGCAGCAUUAACGUUGCAUUAUAGUUUUAGUUUUUGGGUUGGAAUGGGGGUAAGAAAAGUCUACAAAAAAACCCUAGAUUGAGUGGUGUGGUCUGGGUUAACCUGAGUAGAGCUUGUAGUGACAGUGGUGUGAUGUUGCAGAGCCUCAGACUUUUUCUCUGUGCUGUUAAGACGAGUAGAUGUGUCGCUGUUCGCUCUGAGGUCGUGUGUCACACUCGUGUUCUAUGCAUGUCUUCCUCUGGUCAGGGUUUCUACACAGGCUCUUCAAACUACAGGAUAUCACACGCUGAUCGGUAAACUGCGAAAGGGUUUUGAUAAGGACCCAAAUAAAAGUCCAAUUUCUCUCUAACUUAGAGAGCGGUAAAUCAUUGGAAUUUAGAAGCCGAUAAUGUGUAGAAACCCUGCAGCAAUUUCAGGAGAGCCGGGGCUUUCAUUUCUCAUGGGGUCAGCAGUGUUUCAUAAGGACUUUUUUUACCGCUUAACCACUAAAGUGAAGUGAGGCUCACAAUAACCCGGCAUUAAAUCCAGAUCUGGGGGAUCAGAACACAAGUGGCAUGAACGCUCAUCAAUGUGCGCUGAAAUCGGAUCACUCAGUCCGCAUAGAGAGGCGGGAUUGGAGGCAUUUGUCCGCACAGCUUUGGGAGUGUGGAUGUUCAUGUAAGGACCGUCCACUCUCGCCUUUUUUUCACCACGGCACUCGCUGCACUGCUUCGAUAUUUCUCCGCUGUCUCGACCUUUCCAUGGAUUCGCAGCUCGGUCGUUUCAGCAAAGUGUGUAUAGAAUACAUUAUAUCCAUAGUUAUUCAGUAGGCGAGACUGUAUUUAAUUUUUAAUGGGUCCAUCAAUAAACCCCAUACUGGAUUGUAGGGAGAGAGAGAGAGAGAGAGAGAGAGAGUGCAGGUCCACAGCAGAGUCUUUAAUAACAGAGCACAGUGAAGGUACAGAUGAUUCAUCGAGGAGGAGAGCUUUAUCCCUGACUCCCAAUCUGCCCUGCAUAUCUGUAAACCUGCUGGGACCUGCUGUUUCUCUCACUCUCAUUUAAGACUUUUCUAGAAUAAAAACAAAAAUAUAUUUUAAUUGUUGCUCAUAAUGAAGAUCCACAUGAACGUUAAGGUGGGCACGUCCUUAAACCUCAUCCAGAAGCUGAUGUCAGGUGAAGAUAUCUAAGCAGGAAACUUUGUACCAGAUCAUCACAGCAGGUGUCCUUUAAAGGUAGUCUACUGUAUUCCAGAUCCUCCAGAUCGGAUGUUAAUGCGAGAUAGAAAUGUUAUAAUCGCUCAUAGAUUCCUCUCACGACGGAUCUGAGUGAACUAAAAUUUUACCGGGUCAGAUAAGAGAGGAAGGGUGUUUCUGCUCCAAGCAAAUCUGAUAUGCAUUACCCAAUUCCUCUGCAGGGUGGGGAACACUCAGCGACUGCAGCUAGCCUCUUAUCCAAACGGCUAUUUUUAGAUCUCUUGUGACCUCAGACUUUUUUGGGUUGCCAAUAACGACGUAAACUAUGUCAUGUUUGACAUGUCUGUCUAUCUGCGCUGUCAACAGCUCGUAAAAAUCAGAGAAUCAGUCCCUUUUGUUUUUUCGGCUGGCAGACGGACAGGCAGUCAUAACAUUGUCAGCGAAGAUUCUCCCCACAUGACCCGUCGGUAACCCGGCAGAUUGAAGAAAUCCUGAACUUAACCUGACACUGCUGGCCCCAUCUGUCCUCUCAGUGGACUCCACGUUGAUCCGAACAAGCCAUACCAUCUUCAGCUAGAUGUGCCACUGUCUUUUAGAAGAAUACUACGAUACAUAGAGUAAUAGCACAUAUAACUUAGUUAGGAAGUACGCCUCUAACCUGUAUUAUCAGGCAUGUUCUGUCCAAGCAGCUAAAGAGAAGCUCACCCCAGUUACUCGUUCCACUAACAGCUCUCCUACGGUCUAUAAAAGAAGUGCAAUUUUUACUCGUGUUUUUAUAUAUUCUACUUACAGUACCCUCACAAAGCUCUUUAAGGACGACACUCAUUACGAAAAGCUGCUAAAUUCUCAGUUUCUGGCGUCAUGGUUCCCAAAAACAUCCCCGAGAGUCUCAACAACAAGAGCAGCGUUUUGUCGCAUGAGGGGGAUACGUUACCUCCGCUCGCCAAUAACAGACACAACAAAAUGCGGUGAGAUCACAGCGCAGAGUCGAGACGACGACGCAACACAAGUCCUCCGCUGACAAAAUAAUGACUCUUGUUUUAGCCGGAUCCUCCGUUUAGCAUUUCAGAAAUGCUCCCCUCAAAGCCGUCUGUUUUUGAGCAACGGUUGCUGUCAUCCUCCGCCGUUGCGUAAUCCUGCAGAGGGUUACCUUGACUGACAGUGAAAUCUUUGUGAGGCUGAUGUACGGGAGGCUGAGGCGCCAUCAAUCCGAGUCCUGUCAAAGAACAAGAAACUGAGACCCUAAUUGACCCAGAGAUUGAAAAACAGUCGUCCUUAAAGGGCCGAGGGUUAUGUAAGAUGUUUGUGAUAUUUAAAUGAAAUUACGACUAACACGUACACACACUUAUACACAAAUACUUCUACUACUAAGUGCGUCUACACUAUUCUGCAUGUGUUAAGAUGUCAUGUGACUAUGAUACCACAUGUAUCCUGACAAUAUUGCCUUUCACCAAACUGGUACAACAAAGAAAGAAGAAUCACAUUUAUUUUACAUUUCUGCUAAAGAAAAAUUUUAAAAUUACCUCAAAACAUCAAAUAGUAUUUUUGUAAGACGAUGAAAUUGAAGCAGAGUAUCUCCUCGCACAAGCUACAAAAAGCAGAUGCAAUUUUUGUCGUUGAAAAAAAAAAAACCUGAGAGAGAACCUGAUCGGUUGUGAGACGUCGGGUUUCUCUGAUCCAGCAGUGCCUUGGCUACGGCUAAGAAAAGCAGAGAUUAAAGCUGCAUUCGGAGCUCCAUCCCUCUCUCUGUCACAGGGGAGGGAGGGAGGAGGUGUUGUCAGGCAAGGAUCCGUCCUUCAACAGUGUUGGUGAAAGGAAUCCAUGGAGUCGUUCUCUUUAAAGCAAUGUGUAUUUACGAAGCCAGAGGGUAAAGUAGGCGAGGUCACACGGGGGGAGGCAGCUGGAGGGCUCCGAGGAAUCAGGUACUUUUGUAAAAACUUACCAAAUGUUGGAAUUCAGGGCUGGAUGGUGCACUACCUAUACCCCUGAAUUACUUAGCUGUGUUUCCGUCCAGCCCCUGUUGGGAUACAAAACCUUGAAUCAGUUUUGUAUCAAGAGUAAAGACGGUAAAGAUGAUUGAGUCAGUGGCUAAAGUUGGGUCACCCCUUCUUAUUGCACAACGGGGGCCCCAAAGAGCCCUCCAUAACCUCCCAGUGCGACCGCUACGCAGCUCUCUGGCAGACCGAGCACCCUGGUGUCUUCAUCCUGUAUGUGGAGGCUAGCCAUUUUGUAGCUGAAGUUAUAGGACAAAAACAAAGUUUGGUGUUUAUUGGUUUUCUAUGAAAAUAAGGAAUUGUGACGUUCUUGCGCUGCACUGUGAAAACGCAGCGUGAGCGGGUUGUUUUAUUUUUUCUUUUCUACAUUCAAAGAUCGGCUCAAAUGCUCAAAAGGGGCCAAUUUAGUGGAAAUUGAUGCACUUCUUGAAGAAGUGGGUUAUUUUUGUGGUAUUUUUGUGCUGGUUGGAGGGAGGCAGCUUCAAGAGUCCAAUUUUAACCCUCUUGAUUUUACCCAUUCCUCAGGGGACCAUUGAUACUAAUUGUUUGGGUUGUAUUUUUCCUAUUGAGGGUUAAAGAGGAACACAUGCGGACUCUUACUCUUCAUUCCCCGCAAGAGGAAAUCGCUCAGGAGAGAACUUAGAUUACAUAUUUGCUCUUUAAAGCUCCUGUGAGUAAUGUUCAUGGUUAAUCUGGCGCCCCCUGUGGAAGUAGUCCCUCCGAUAUCUUUGUUGUCUAACUUACAAAAAACCUAAUUUCUUUUGAUAUGAUCGAAAUAUCUUCAACUUGAGUGAAACCUACCCCCCGACAGCAUCUAUGAGCAUUACGCUGUGUUCAAAUCUACGAAAGUUAUUUUAGCGCUUGCCUCGUCCGAAUAUAAGGCAAGUGCUAAAAUAACUUGCGUAGCUGUAGCCAUCUUGUGUCAGGCCUCUGAUUUUCCUUUUUUCCGACUUGGUAACUGAAACGUUGGUAACUCGGGUGCAAAGUCAUUUUCAGCCUUGAACGCAGCAUUAGAAACAAGUAUAUGGGAGCCACCAGUCAUGUCGUCGAUUGUUUGUUUCAGGCGUCGCGGUCAGCUUCAGAUCAUUCAAAAAUUCCUCACAGGAGCUUUAAAAACUAGGGAUGUCCCGAUCAGCUUUUGAGGCGCAUGAUCUUGAUCUAACCUUUAAAAUUUUUAGUACUUUAUGUCUCGAUCUGAUACUUGUGUUUGCCUAGAUGAUAGCAUCCAAGUCAACAAAUAAAUUGUCCUCGUAUAAAAUCAAAGCUCGGCCAGAAUUUAAACGAUAGAGUUCAAUGAUCGGCUCAGUUUGAUCAGCUCAAAUCCAAGGAUUCAAGGAACUUAAUUUGACAUAGCCCAAACCUUUUACAGUUUGUGGUACUAAAUAAGUACCCAGGUCUGUUUCCAAGCCAAGAUAAUAAUCCAGUUGUUUAGAUCAAGCGUCGGGACAUCCCUGUUAAAAAGACAAGUAAUCCACAUGUUGAAAUAUCUUCUACCUGGCGGGUUGUCAUGAUGACAGAAUUAGGUCCUGGAAACAUUUUAAAGGGCUCAUUUUCUCUCCCCUCCCCACAGGAAAUUAACAUUUAUAAAUAACUGAUGUUUAUUACGAUGGGAGACUUAAAAAAAAGAACCGAACUUCAAAAGUGCCAAACUGACCUCCACGGUUUUUUUCAAAGGGUGUUCACGGCUAGUGAGCAAAAAAACUGAAUUGCAUUUGCACAAAACUACUGUAACUUCUGUUUUUUUCCUGUGACUGAUGCUUUUAUAAUCUAACUGUUGUUUUUAUUGCACCUCGUAAUCCAUUAAAUAUUUAUAUGGUUGACCAACUCGGA